AUGGUCGCAACACAACCUUUUCAGCGCAUUGUCGCUGCAGAGAUAGACGGUCGCUGUCAGAAUAUCAGGUACCGCCAAAAUCAAUACCAUUCUCUACAGUCCGCUCUUGUACAGAAUAUCGAGCAGAUCAAGGAAGCGAUCGCUGCCGAUUCGGGAAACUCGCCGGAGGAGGUUCGCGCAGAGAUUUGCCUCGCCUUCAAGGAGAUUCGCACACAUUAUGCUUCGCUGGACCUGAAGAAAGACCUGGAGGAGGAGUAUCGCGUUGCCAAUGGCAAAGAUAAUUACGAUGGGAAGCGUGGAGUGGGGAUCGUCUAUAUUGUUCCUUCUUCGCAUACUAUGUUUUUCUCUGUUGUUGCGGCGCUGAGUGCUGCCAUUGCGGCUGGGAACUGUGUAAUCCUUGAGUUGACGAAAAACACCAUGGCCAUACCGGUUGUCCUGAAGAAAAUCCUGCCUCAGACCCUGGACGCAGAUACGUUCGCUAUCAGCGAGGAGAGACCAGACAAUACAUUCCUCAGCAGAACGCACAUAAUUGCACAGAGCGACUCCAUUACUCCCUCUAACAACACCCUUUCUUCGCCCACUACUGCCAGAACCGUUGCCAUCGUCGACCGCACAGCCAACAUCUCCGCCGCAGCGGAGGCACUGGUAUCUGCGCGAUUCGCUUUUGGCGGUCGCUCAGCUUAUUCUCCUGACGUUGUACUCGUACAGGAGUUCGCCAUGAAGGAAUUCGUGGAGGCGAUUAUUCAGCGAUCGUCAAAAUACCUUACUGGUCAGAAUGGGGAUGCCCGUCAGACGGCCGUCAACCCGCGGCGGACGAGCUCGGGUGUUUCGUUACUCGAUACGGCCAUGGGAACCCUAGCCGCAACAUAUGCCUUCUCCGCCCCAGCAGCCGCUAAAUACCUAACUCAAUUCAUCGACGCCUACACAUCCUAUAUCAACCACGUCCCCGUCGACAUUCUCAAAUCAGUCGGCCCCGCGUACCCCAUCAACCAACAACCCUCGCGCGAAACUCGCUACUCAACGCACUCUCUGCAGGUCCCUCGACCUCAAUUCGUAACGGAAACCAGCAACACCGCUCUAGUCCAAGAAAUAGUCAAAGGCUACGCAUCCAAGUCCAACGACGCGUUGCGCGAGGCAUUGGUGCCGCUGCCUGCGAUCGGACAGCGCAGUGGCAAGGCAAUUGGGUUCUUCGAGCAGGGAAUCAUCACUGGUGGUGUAAUCACGCUGUUUACUUUUGUGGCGUCUAUUUCGACGAUGGGGGUUUAUGGCUAUGCGGCUGUGAGAAGGUGGAGGGGAUAA